AUGGCUAUUACAAAACAACCCUCCGGCGAUAUCAGAACGCGUGUGAACAGUUGCCUUAAUAAACUCUCGGACAGAGACACUCUUUCAAUGGCUACCAAUGAAUUGGAGUCCAUAGCUAGAACUCUUUCGACUGACUCAUUUGGCCCUUUCUUGAAUUGCCUUUCCGCCACCGACUCGUCGGAGAAGUCUCCGGUCCGGCGCCAAUGCGUCCGCCUACUGGGAAUCCUAUCCGCCUCCCACGGUGACGCUUUGUCGCCUCAUCUAUCGAGGAUGCUCUCCUCCGUCCUCCGACGCCUCCGCGACCCCGACUCCGCCGUCCGCUCCGCCUGUGUCGACGCGAUAACCUCCAUCACCACACACGUCACAAAGCCGCCUUUCUCCGCCAUUCUCAAGCCCCUCGUAGACGCCCUUUUCCACGAGCAAGACCAGAACUCGCAGAUCGGUGCUUCGCUCUGCCUAGCUGCCGCCAUGGAGGCGGCGCAGGAACACGACAGGGCGGAGCUGAAAACGCUCUUGCAGAGGCUGCUGAAAUUAGUGAAAAGUGAUUGUUUUAAGGCUAAAUCUUCUUUAUUAGUGCUCAUUGGCAGCAUUGUGAGCGUUGGUGCUGCUAAAAGCAGGAAUUUAUUGAAAUGUUUGGUUUCCACCGCCGUUGAAUUCUUGAGCAGUGAAGAUUGGGCCACCAGAAAAGCGGCGGCAGAGGUUUUAGAGAGGUUGGUUACGGCGGAGAGAGAUUUAUUACCGGAGUUCAAGGCUUCUUGUGUAUUUACAUUGAAUAGCAAAAGAUUUGACAAGGUGAGAGCUGUGAGGGAGACAAUGAAUCGGGCAUUAGAGAUUUGGAGAGAUGUUCCAGCAGUAUACGAAGAAGAAUCAACACCAAAAGAUAGUGGAAAUGGUGAACACUCCCCUGCACGGCUUUCUAGAAGUCCUGCUAAUAAUGGCUCGAGGACUCCUCAACUGAGGAAAACGACGACCACCAAGUCACCUGCAUCUAGUAGUUCCUCUGCAGCCAGCAACCACAAAAUAAGUCUAAAAAGCGAAAACAGGAAGUCGAGUACUUCUAGGUCGGAUUUUAGGAAAAACUUUCGAUCUCGUGUGGUUCCUUGUAAUGGGAGUGAAGAUACUGUUUUGGAUAUGGCUGCCCACAAUGCUGAUGAAUGCGAACUUGGGAACCAAAUAGAGUUUGAGGAUCUUACGUUGAUUCGCAAACAGCUUUUGCAGAUCGAAGACCAGCAAUCUAGUUUGUUGGAACUCCUCCAGAGAUUUAUUGGAAGCUCCCAGAAGGGAAUAGAUUCGUUGGAAAAACGAGUAAACGGUCUGGAGAAGGUGCUGGACGAGAUGUCACGUGAUUUAGCUAUUUCAACUAGAAAAACUCCGACCAAUGAUUCAUGUUGUAUGAUACCUGGAGCAGAGUUUCUGAGUCCUAAGUUUUGGAGGAAAACCGAAGGACAAAAUUCCAAUUCCAAGUUCUUUUCUAGCAACCCGAAUAAGGUUUUUAGUGCUGACAUAUCAAAGCUGGAUAGCCCAAGGAAUGAUCUUGAUUUUUAA